CUCUAUUCCAUAUCGUCGUACUUGAGGGCAACAGAAUCCCAUCCCAAUAGCUAUUCCCGGGCAAUAUAAUACAUUAGAUCACAUUCGGAUUGUAGAUCACUCAAGUCGCAACACCAUGGCCCCCAUGUCGUCGGACAAGAUCGUCUUCACAUACGACAAAAAGGCCAAAGAGAAGGUCCGAAAAUGUGGGGCAAGCGGGAAACGAAAGGCCGUGCAGCUGGGCGAGGGAGCCCAGGUGUUCUCGGCCGUCAUCCAUUUCAAUCCGACUUACGGUCAAUUAGAUGGAGCCGUCCACGUACCGGACGGCCAAAGCAUUCCCGACGUGAAUCGUUUUCUGGCGGAACUCGUCGAUGGGAUGCACGGUUGUGGACGCCGACGCCGGGUUUCACGCCGUCGACGAAAGAGGUUAACGUCCGAACCUGGUCAAAGUCCGGCGGAGAUCGGCGACAGCAUCGAAGUGGGGGAGGUCGGAAGCAACCUGCGGGGAACGCCCGAUACCGUGGGAGACGAAGACGCAACGGCGAAGGAAGUCACAAGUGGGGAAGCGGAUGCCCCAUACGAAGUCGAGGCCGAUGACGGCGGCGCCGCUGUUUUUUGCGGCACCGUGUCGGGCUUCCAGCAAGACGAGGCUGAUGUAGGCGAACCCCCCAGCAACCCAGCAAAACAUGAACAACGGACGGAUUUAGCACCACUCAACCACGAUGUCGAGGGCAUUAUGGGGGACUUUAUCAUGAGCGACGCUGACACUGCUGGUUCGAUCAACGCGGUUGAAGGAGGUUCCUUCCUCGGGCUACCUGAGAUCGACUUGCGCGACCUCUUCGAGAUGGAAGCUUGCGCUUCUAAGUUUCUGCCAGUUGAUGACAGCGAGCUGGGUA